UGUUUGUUUGCUUCUGUCCUUCUACAUUCAUCUCGACUGUACUCGUCGCUCCGAGAACUUUCUCCGACUUUCUUUUACCUUCUACCAUGUCGGAUGGGCUGUCAUUCAGAGCCCUGCAGCUUGCGAACGAGCAGCGGAACGCGUAUGGUCUCCGGUACCAUGAUUUUGCUCGAUACAGGAAGCAUUGUGCCAACAGGACACAUCGAAUUCGGUCGACUUUGAAGAUGACCCAUGGCAAAGGGAGGGAUUUCAAGAAGCUUCCGCCAUUGAACGAAGAGAGUAUGAAGGACGGACACCUUCAACUACUGCUCAUGGAGGCCGAACGCGCUUGGGCAUAUUCCCAAGAUCUUGUAUCGCAAUCCUUGCAACCCACAAAUGUCGGGAAAGCCCAUACACUCAGGCAUAGUGCUACAGGACGAUUCCGUCGCAGCGUCAACUGGUCGACCCAGCUCCUUUCUCACUGCCAAGUAUUAUUUGCCUCGUCUCGGCUGUCCGCAGAAAGCCUACUGGAGACCACUAUCUAUACGCUCAUUCUCAAUGGUCGCUUCCUUCGAUAUCGCGAAGACUUCGAAGAUGCUCUCAUUCAGCUUAGUGUGGCGAGGCACUUGUUAGAUGAGCUAGCCGCCGCUGCCACGACGAGUCGUAAUCAAGCUCUCGCUGUCUUGUUUGCGGACGAAAUCGGUCCAGAGGUUCGGUACUGCGCGCAUGAGCUAGGCCGGGAAAAAUCCUAUGAUGUCGAUGGAAUCGUCUCUGAACUAUCGUCAAGGCAUAAGAACGCCCUGGUAGAAGGCUGUGAUAGUCUAUUGAGCAGAUUCAAAGCGGAGGAAGAAGCACUGAAGCAUGUCGAGGGAAAGAAGAAACUGGAGACUCUGAUGUGGGAAGGCGAACCUGUGCCUGUGCGUAAUCCAGAGCUUGUCGAUGUCUUCCUCAAAGUGCAGGAGGCCGAGAAGAAGUUAGACAUCUAUGAGGAAAAGAAGGUCAAGAUGGGCGACUCGAAGAAGAGCGUGGCGGCCUACGAUGCGAUCCUUCUAGCUCUUAGUGACGCCGAAGAUGUGGCAAGGAGGCUGAAAGAGGCGCAACAGUCAACAGGAUCAGCUGCAUCUACAAGUAGCGGGACGCGCGAUAUGCAUUUCCUUUACGCAUACACCAUAUUUCAACUUCUAUCGCGGCGUAUCCAACGAGACUUCAAGCUUGUCAAAGCUUUGCUGGCCUCCCCAUCCACUCCUUCGAGAUCCCCGUCUAAACCUAGGCAGGUUGACGCCAGAGUGUAUCCUGCUAUUGUGAAAUUGCUGGAUACUAUUAUGCAGGGUUUAAAUCAAAUGAGGACACUGAGCAUAGUCGAUGACAAUCCGGAUUUGUCAUCUGGUGUGGACGCGAGAAUCUCUUACACAAAAGCCAGCAGAUGUUUAUACCUUGCUCCAUCCACUAUUCGUGAAACACAAUCCCAUAUCUCACUGUCGAACUCGGACAUUGCCGAGGUCGCCUUUUUCCCACUUUCUCAAGUUGAACUUGGUCAACUUGAAUCCCAACUAUCAUCCGAUAGUCUACAAUUCAAACGGGACUGGUUUGCUUACAAUGGCGGCUCUGUCAAUACAGAUCCCAAGUCCUAUAAGAAGCCAGCAUUCUUUAACAUUGCCUUGAAUUACGUGGAUCUGGACAUGGAUAGAUUGCUGCAGAGAGCAGGGAAGGAGUCUGCACCUACGCCUGCUUCUGCUCCUGCCCCCCCAGCCCCUACGACCAAGGUUGAGCCUGUGGCGGACAAGAGGCGAAUAAUCGAGGAUACGAGAGCCGCGACGCCAGAACCUGCUCCAGCACCCGCUGUUCGUGGUGGAUUGAGUAGUCUACUUGGUGGAUGGUGGGGCAAGAAUUGAUGUAUGAAAAAUGGUUAUAUAAACGAAUACACAUGCAGUAACAACGAUAGCUAGUCCAAAAAAAAAUUAAAA